UCUCGAGUAGCUCGCGAGUCAUUUUGCUUUAAUUUGAACACCCUUCUAAAGUUCUAAUGCGUAUAAAACCUCAUCCCUCUUCACUGAAGCAAAAGUGCCCCAACUCUACCCCCCUCGCUCUCCGGAAGGUGGAAACCCGAGAACCUCCCCAAAUCAUUCAGUCUCUUUGAUCAUUUUGAUCUCUAAAGUUGUAAUUUUUUGUAAUAUUCAACUAAAUUAAUCAACGAGUCUUAAUAGAUUGGGAGAGUCCUUAGAAGGGAGUGUGUGCGCGAUUGUCAAACGGGAAAAGGAAGUAGAGAACAUGGCAAAGCAGCAUGAUGCAAAUUCAGUUGCUUCUGAUCUCAUAGAUUUUCUGAAUGCUUCUCCAACUGCUUUCCAUGCCGUUGAUGAAGCUAAGAGACGUUUGAAGGACGCUGGAUUUGAACAACUUUCCGAGAGGGAAGAUUGGAGUUUACAAGCUGGAAAGAAAUAUUUCUUUACUAGAAAUUACUCCACAAUUGUUGCUUUCGCCAUUGGUAAAAAGUAUGUUGCUGGUAAUGGAUUCCAUAUAGUUGGUGCUCAUACAGACAGCCCUUGCUUGAAACUGAAGCCAGUAUCCAAGGUAACUAAAGGAGGUUAUCUAGAGGUUGGUGUCCAAACAUAUGGAGGUGGAUUGUGGCACACAUGGUUCGACCGGGACUUGGCAGUUGCCGGACGUGUGGUGGUCAAACAAGUGCAAGAUGGUUCGCCUUCAUACUCUCAUCGGCUUGUCAGGAUUCAAGAUCCUAUAAUGCGAAUUCCUACCUUAGCUAUUCACUUAGACAGGGGUGUUAAUGAUGGGUUCAAGCCAAAUACACAAAGUCAUCUUGCUCCUGUCUUGGCGACAUCAGUAAAGGAAGAGCUCAAUAGGACUGUUAAUGAAAUCGAUUCAAUUAAUAAUGGGGAUCAGACUGAGGCAAAGAAAUCUACUGACGAUUUGAAAACCAAGAAUCAGAAACAUCAUUCCCUUUUGCUUAAGCUUCUAGCGAAGGAGAUUGGCUGUGAACCUGAUCAUAUAUGUGAUUUUGAGUUGCAAGCAUGUGAUACUCAACCGAGCAUUAUAGCUGGUGCACUCAAGGAGUUUGUCUUUUCAGGAAGGCUUGAUAAUCUUUCAAUGUCAUUUUGUUCUUUGAAGGCAUUAAUAGAUGCUACAUCCACUGAGGGUAGUCUUGAUGAUGAAGUUGGUGUCAGAAUGGUGGCACUUUUUGAUCAUGAAGAAAUUGGAUCUAAUUCAGCCCAAGGAGCUGGAUCUCCUGUCAUGUUGGACGCUAUAUCCAGAGUCACUAAUGCCUUUUGCUCAAAUGUUAAGAUGCUUGAAAAAGUUGUGCAGAAAAGCUUUUUCGUAUCAGCGGACAUGGCUCAUGCGUUACAUCCUAACUACAUGGACAAACAUGAAGAGAAUCAUCAGCCCAAGCUGCAUGGGGGAUUGGUUAUCAAGCACAAUGCCAAUCAACGUUAUGCAACAAAUGCUGUAACUUCUUUCAUAUUCAAGGAAAUAGCACUUAAACACAAUCUUCCUGUCCAGGAAUUUGUGGUGCGAAAUGACAUGCCUUGUGGCUCCACAAUCGGUCCCAUUCUGGCUAGUGGUGUAGGAAUUCGCACAGUCGAUGUGGGUGCUCCGCAACUAUCAAUGCAUAGCAUAAGGGAAAUGUGUGCAGUUGAUGAUGUAAUGCAUUCAUAUAUGCAUUUCAAAGUCUUCUAUAUGGAGUUCUCUGAUCUGGACUCAAAGCUAGCAGUGGAUGCUUAAAGUCUACAUUAGUAACAUGCUGCUCCAGCCUCCAGCCACUUCCAGGAUGUCAAAUUUUGGUUGCCUCGACACUGUCAUGGGGUAGCAAGCACAGUCAUUGCUUCACGAUCAUUAUAGUUUUUCCUUUUCCUCUCUGAAUCAAUGAGAGCACCAGUUGAUGUUGUCAAAUAAUCUGCCAUUGUGUGCUUUUUCUCAACUUGUGCUUGAAAAUGAUAGAACUGAAGUUACAAAACACCUCUACUGAGUAGAUACAAAGAAAGCUCAAAAUUGCAGCAGAAUUUAGUAUCAAUUGCAUUCUUCUGAAGUUAGCAGAUCGGAAAGUAAGAAAUACAUGUGAACUGUAGCUAGAGUGCAUAGAGUACAAACUAUUACUAAAUUUCCGAUGUCGUCACCGUUGUAAGACGAUUCAAAUGUGGGGUUUCAACAGUUUGUGUGGCUGGGUUGUGUCAUGUGUGCUUGUUAUGGUUGGAGCUCCUCCAACAGUUACUCCUUGCGCUUGAAAUUUGAAGUCUAGCCGUCUUUUUUUCUCUCUUUAA